AUGGGUCUCCUGGUGCAGCUUAGACUUCUGCUCUGGAAGAACUUCACUUUGCGCAAAAGACAGAAGUUGCGGUUGGUAAUUGAGCUAAUAUGGCCUCUGUUCCUGUUUUUCAUUCUGGUGUGGGUGAGAUCCACCAAUCACCCUGUCCACAAAGGCCAGUGCCACUACCUCAACAAGCCGAUGCCCUCAGCUGGGGUGUUGCCAUGGUUACAGGGCAUAGUCUGCAACAUCCAGAAUCCAUGUAUCAGUGAGCUAACACCUGGAGAAACCCCUGGCCAGGUCAACAACUUCAACGACUCCAUCAUUGCAAAAGCAUUAAUAGAGGUUCAGACUCUCUUCAUGGACUCGUCCCUGCUGUCUAGCAUCAAACUUCUCUCUGAUGAUAUGAACAAAUGGACGUCUAUCCUUGAGAAUUUCAAUACAGACAAAGCUCGCCCAAUUCCUUUGCGUAGUGUGCUGAAAGAUAAUGAGACACUCUCCGAGUACCUGAAGAGCAACCUGUCAGUAUCAAGUGCAACUGCCCGGAGGCUGAUGAGUGUGAAGCUCCAACUCAAUCAGUUACCUGCUCUCUCACGUGAGACGGACUUGCGCUCCACUCUGUGUAACUCCUCUAUUGACCGCUUCCUGGAGUUUAACUCAACAAGUCAGAGACAGGAAUUCCAGAACAUCACAUGCUCCCUGACAUCGGAUCAGCUUCAGCAGACCAGAGCAGUUCUCGUGCAAAAUCUGGACAACCAAAAACUCAUGGCUGCUGUGCCUUUAGCACUGAAUCUGAACCCUGCAGAUUUUGCUACUCUGCUGGCCAACACUGGUGCUCAUGCAGCCCCUCUGGCAAAUCAGGUGUCUAAAUUCCAGACGACAUCCAUCAUCAAUGACAUGGACUCUCUGGACUUCCGCUCAAAUCCUUUCGGCAGUUUGACUCUGUUCAUGUGUGGUGGGAAUUCAAGCUCCAAUACCAGCCGUGCAAAGCCAGUUGUUCAAUUGCCACCACAAGCCACAUUCUCAGUAAACUCAACCUCAUCCAAAGGCAACUCAAGUGAAUUCUGUCAGAAUUUGAUUGACACUUUGAAAGGCACACCCGCCCUGCGUCUUUUCUGGACUAGUCUCCGCCCACUUCUUCAGGGACAAAUCCUCUACACUCCGGACACGCCCUUUACGCAGCAGGUUAUGGCAGAGGCCAACAGCACCUUCAACGCUCUGGCUAAAGUCGGUGAACUGGCUGAUACUUGGCUGGAAAAUGAGGACGAGAUCUGGAACUUCUUCCAGAACAGCAGGCAAAUCAACAUGGUCCGGGCUCUGCUGCAAAACCCCCUCUUUUCAGCAAUUCUUGAUCAGCGGUUGAAUGGAACCAGAUGGUCUUCAGCACUUAUCGCUAAUUUUCUGUUCAACGGUGAUGAAAAAGACCGGCUUGCAGGGAUGCUGGCAUUCGACUGGAGAAACGUCUUCAACACCACCAGUCAAGUUGCGAGACUCAUCAAGCAGGUCAUGGAGUGCUUCAAUCUGGACAAGUUUGAGGCCGUGGCCAGUGAGAAAUUGUUGGUGGAACGGGCCCUCGAACUGCUUGAUCAGGAGAAAUUUUGGGCUGGAGUAGUUUUUACAGACCUGGAUGCCGGCAACCCAUCACUCAUCAGAUACAAGAUCCGCAUGGAUGUCGAGGAAACCGAGAGGACGGAUAAGAUUAAAGACAGGUCCUGGUUUCCAUCGGCUCGUGAUAACCCCUUUAACGACCUACGCUAUGUGAGAGGAGGUUUUGUGUAUCUUCAGGACAUGCUGGACCGUGCUAUCGUCCAAACACACACAGGUGUCAAGGAAACUCUGGGUGUCUAUUUGCAGCAGAUGCCGUAUCCAUGCUAUGUGGAUGAUGCCUUUGUGUCAUCCAUUGCCACCAUCCUACCAAUGUUCCUGGUGCUGACCUUCAUAUAUACGGUGUGCCAGACCAUCAAAGGUCUGGUCCUGGAGAAGGAGCUGCGGCUGAAGGAAGUUCUCCGAGUGGUGGGUGUGGGAAAUGGAGCGCUCUGGUUCUCCUGGUUCAUGGAGAACAUAACUGUGCUAACGGUGCCAUGCACACUGAUUAGCAUAAUGCUGAAGUACGGGAAAGUUCUGAGAUAUAGUGACCCAUCAGUGAUCUUCGUGUUCCUGCUGGUGUUCUGUAUAGCCACUGUCAUGCAGUGCUUCUUCAUCAGUGUCUUUUUCUCAAGAGCAAAUCUGGCUGCUGCCUGCGGUGGACUUAUCUACUUCCUGCUCUACCUGCCCCAUGUGCUCUGUUACGCCUGGAGAGAUGUCUUGACCUUCCCAAUCAAGCUUGCUACGAGCCUGCUGUCAUGUGUGGCGUUUGGUUAUGGCUGUGAGAAUUUUGCACGAUAUGAAGAGCAGGGCAUUGGCAUUCAGUGGAACAACAUCAUGCUCAGCUCUCAGGAUGAUGACCCUUACACCUUCAUCGUCUCGAUCAUCAUGAUACUGAUUGACGCUGUGCUGUACUGGAUACUCACCUGGUACAUUGAAAACGUCUUCCCAGGGCAGUAUGGAAUUCCCAGACCUUGGUAUUUCCCAUUAACCUCCUCAUACUGGUGUGGGACACCAGCUGGUGUGGACGUAGAGUCAGAUCAUCUCGAUGCACUGGAGGAGCAGAAUGGUUACCUGGAAAAACCUCCUGCUAACCUGAAAGCAGGUGUGUCUAUAAGGAACUUGGUGAAGAUUUAUAAGACUGGAAAGAAACUGGCUGUGGAUAAACUCACUCUGGACUUCUACCAAGACCAGAUCACAUCAUUCUUAGGACACAAUGGUGCAGGAAAAACUACUACUAUGUCCAUUCUCACUGGACUCUUCACCCCAACAUCCGGCACGGCUUACAUUAAUGGCUUCGAUAUCCGCAAGGACAUGGACAAUAUACGCAAGACGCUUGGCAUGUGCCCACAACACAACGUCUUAUUUAAUGACCUCACUGUGGAGGAGCACAUUUAUUUCUAUGCCCGUCUCAAGGGCAGAAGCUCCAAGGAAGUCAAACAGGAAAUAGAUCAAAUGAUCAAAGAUGUAGGGCUGCCACAUAAGCGCAAGGAUCUCGCCAAGAACCUUUCAGGUGGGAUGCAGAGGAAGUUGUCGGUUGCCAUAGCAUUUGUGGGUGGCUCCAACGUAGUGAUUCUGGACGAACCGACAGCUGGAGUGGAUCCGUAUGCCAGGAGGGGAAUCUGGGAACUGCUGCUAAAAUAUAAAAUGGGACGUACCAUCAUUCUGUCCACGCACCACAUGGACGAGGCAGAUAUUUUAGGUGAUCGCAUCGCCAUCAUCUCCCAUGGCAAGGUCUGCUGCUGUGGCUCCUCCCUCUUCCUGAAGAAGACCUAUGGCAGUGGCUAUUACCUCACUCUUGCACGGGCUAAUCAGGACAUAAUGACAUCACAACGCCAUACAGGGUGCAAACAGCCCAGUGAUGCCUCCAGUUUAGAUGAAGGGAUUGGUUCAGCAAGCAUCAGCACCAUGGAACCUGCAGAUGUAGCAGAUGUCUCUUCUGUCAUACGCUUGCACGUCCCGGAGGCAGAGUUCCUCGAGGUGAUAGGUCAGGAGUUGGUGUAUGUGUUGCCAUAUGCUAGCUCAAAAGAUGGCAGCUUUGCCUCGCUUUUCAAAGAGCUUGAUUUGGAGAGAGAGCAGCUGGGGAUCAGUAGCUACGGGAUCUCAGACACCAGCUUAGAGGAGAUAUUUCUGAAAGUGGCAGAAGAGACAGGAGUUGAUGUGGAAAGCAAUGGGAAGGGAGAGAUUCUUCAGAGAGACUGGAAGAGAAGCUCUAAAGAGUCUAAAUCACGUCGGAUGAGUUGGGCCAUGGAGCACAGAGACAGUACUGAUUCUAAACAAGCAGAAAAGAAAGAAAGGUUCUCCAAUCGAGUCGAAGAUGGUCAGCGGCCUGCGUGUGUGAAUGGCAAAGGUUCAUAUGUUAUCACCGGCUGGCCUCUGAUCAGGCAUCAGUUCCUGGCGUUGUUUAUAAAGCGGUUUCACCACGCAAGAAGAAGCAGAAAAGGAAUCAUUGCUCAGGUGGUGCUCCCAGCGCUGUUUGUGUGUCUCUCUCUGAUUUUCUCUCUGAUUGUCCCACCAUUUGUGGAGUACCCCAGUCUGGAACUGCAACCCUGGAUGUAUGGAAAACCACAGAACACUUUCUACAGUGCUGACAGGAUGGAUGUGGACGAGGCGGUGAGGGUAACACGUGCUCUCCUUUCUGAACCAGGCUUUGGCACCCGCUGUAUGGAUGGCAACCCUAUACCUAAAUACCCAUGCACUCCUUUGGGAGCGACAGACUGGUUCACUCCUUCGGUAGACCCCGUCAUCCUUGAGAUCUUUAAGAAUGGAAACUGGAGCAUGCAGAAUCCAUCUCCAGAUUGCCAGUGCAGCACUCCCAAACGCAAAAUCAUGCUGCCAGACUGCCCUCCUGGUGCUGGAGGAUUACCACCACCCCAGAAAACUCAGAACACCACAGACACCCUGCAGGACCUCACAGGUCGAAAUAUGACUGACUUCUUGCUCAAGACCUAUGCAAAGUCUGGAAAAAUACGGUAUGGAGGGAUCUCAGUUGGAGCUAUAAACUCUCAGGUCAAACUCAAUGAAUCUGAGAUCAUUGUACUUCUUUCAGACCUCAAGACUUUCUUCAACUCAUCACAGAACAACAUAACUGAGAGGUUCUUCCAGGACUUGGAAAUAUUACUGGUAGAUUUGGGAACGAAGGACAAUGUAAAAGUGUGGUUCUAUAACCAGGGAUGGCAUGCAAUAGUAUCAUUCCUGAAUGUUGCCACUAAUGCCAUCCUCAGAGGAAAUCUUCCAGCUGGUGUGCAGCCCAAACUGUAUGGCAUUUCAGCCUUUAAUCAUCCGCUUAACCUCACCAAACAGCAGCUCACCACCACAUUGAUGUCAAGCUCUACAGAUGUGGUGGUGGCGAUCUGUGUGAUCUUCGCCAUGUCGUUUAUCCCUGCCAGCUUUGUCCUCUUUCUCAUUCAAGAGCGUGUCAGCAAAGCAAAACAUCUGCAGUUUGUCAGUGGAGUCAAUCCAGCUGCGUACUGGGUGGCCAACUUCACCUGGGACAUGUGUAAUUAUGUCGUCCCAUGUCUCAUCGUCAUUGUCAUCUUCCUCUGCUUCCAACAAAAAGCGUAUGUUUCGCCUCAGAACCUUCCUGCACUUGUCCUGCUGUUGGUGCUCUAUGGGUGGGCAAUCACACCAAUGAUGUACCCGGCCUCAUUUGUGUUCAGUAUUCCCAGCACGGCAUAUGUGGUUCUCACCUGCAUCAAUCUCUUCAUUGGCAUCAACGGCAGCAUUGCCACCUUCGUCAUGGAGCUGUUCAAUGACACGAACAUCACUAAUAUCAAUAACAUAGUGAAGCAAGUGUUGUUGAUCUUCCCUCACUUCUGUCUGGGUCGUGGCCUGAUUGACAUGGCCAAGAAUCAGGCCAUGGCAACAUUCUUCAUCAGUCUGGGAGAGGACAGGUUUGAAGAUCCCCUGAGCUGGAACAUGGUGGGGAAGAAUUUGUUUGCCAUGACAAUACAGGGUGUAGUCAUGUUUGGCUUCACCCUCCUCAUCCAGUACAAGUUCUUCUGUAAACCCAGGUUAAUCACUGGGCUGCCGAGAUCUGCAGGAGAAGAAGAUGAAGAUGUGGCUCGAGAGCGUGAGCGAGUGCAGAGAGGCAAAGCCCAGAAUGAUCUACUCAGGAUUUGUGACCUCACCAAGGUGUACUCGGGUAAAAAGGUUCCAGCAGUGGACAGGAUAACUGUGGGUGUCCCGGCUGCUGAGUGCUUCGGCCUACUGGGAAUUAAUGGGGCAGGAAAAACCACAACUUUUAAAAUGCUGACUGGAGACAUUCGACCCUCAGGUGGAGAAGCCUUCCUCAAUGGAUACAGUAUCCGUACAGAGAUGAGCCAGGUCCAUCAGAACAUGGGUUACUGUCCUCAGUUUGAUGCCAUUGAUGACCUCCUAACAGGACGAGAGCAUCUGGAGUUCUACGCACGCCUCAGGGGGGUGCCAGAGAGGGAGGUCACUAUGGUAGCAGAGUGGGGGAUUCAGAAACUGGGUCUAGUGAAAUACUCCAACAAAUCUGCGGGUACCUACAGCGGAGGAAACAAGCGCAAGCUAUCUACAGCUAUGGCUCUGAUUGGCUGCCCACCUCUUGUCUUUCUGGAUGAGCCGACCACAGGGAUGGAUCCUAAAGCUCGCCGUUUCCUGUGGGACUGCAUCCUCAGUGUGAUCAAAGAGGGUCGCUCAGUCAUCCUCACCUCACACAGUAUGGAGGAGUGUGAGGCUUUGUGCACUCGGAUGGCCAUCAUGGUCAAUGGCCAAUUUAAGUGUUUGGGCAGCAUUCAACAUCUAAAGAGCAGGUUUGGUGACGGUUACACUGUAAUCGUACGUGUCCAAGGCAGUCCAGCUGAUCUGAGUGCGGUUGAGGAGUUUGUGACUCAGACGUUUCCUGGCAGCGUGUUGAAAGAGAAACACCACAACACACUGCAGUAUCAGAUGCCCCACAAAGAGGGUGCUCUCUCACAUAUCUUCAGCCAGUUCAGCAGAAACCAACACACACUGGGAGUUGAGGACUACUCAGUCUCUCAAACCACGCUGGAUCAGGUGUUUGUGAAUUUUGCACGACAGCAGCAUGAUGCUGAAGACCGUGUGUACGAGAAUCCUGUAGAUUUGAGUGACGAAAUACCGAUGCAAACACACACACAAACAUACAGAAUAAAGACUGAGGAAUGA